AUGUCAUCUGCUGCCUCGAAUCCACGUAGCCCUAAUCCAGUGGACAAGCCAGCAGUUAAAAGGAAUUAUGAAGACAUAGGGUGGGAGUAUGGAACCCUUGUUAAUCCAGCUGAUUUGAAUGUGAUAAAGUGCAAGCUAUGUCCUAUGGUUGUGAAGGCAGGGAUUUAUAGGCUCAAGCUACAUAUUGCUGGCAUAAAAGGCCAAGUCCGGUCAUGCCCCAAUGCAACUCCGGAGGAUAGAGAGAAGUGCAAGAAAGCUAUUGGAGACUCAAGGAAAGCUAAAAUUGCUAGGCUAUCAGAAAAACAAGAGGUCAUAGAUGCUGUUGCGAAUGAGAUGGACACAGAUGAUGGCACGGGCCUUGAUGAUAUUGGCAGCUCUCAACCAUGGGCAGUGGGUCCUAUGGAUAAAUUCACAAACUCUCUUGACUCUAGUUCUUUGGGUUCCAAUCAAAGAAACCUUCACCAGCAAAAAAUUUCAGAACAUAUAAUGAAAGAAAGGCUGCACAAGUUGAAGAGAUAUAUUGCAAGGUGGAUUUAUGUGCAUGGAAUACCUUUCAACACAAUAAAUUGUGAUGAGUUUGAUCAAGUGUUGGAAGCUGCUGGCCGCUUUGGUCCAGGUGCAAAGAAGCCUUAUCAACAUGAGCUGCGGGAGAAGCUACUACAUGAGGAAUCAAAGGAAGUCUCAGCUGAGUCACACACAGGGGAAUUCAUUUUUGAGUUCGUGGACAACUUUAUUGAGAAGUUUGGGGAUGGCAAGAAGCACAUUGUGCAAGUGGUCACGGACAAUGCUGCAAACAAUAUGGCAGCAAAGGAUAUGCUUUAUGUCAAGAGACCCAAUAUAUUUUGGACUUCAUGUGCAACCCACACUAUAAACCUAGUGCUUGAAGGAGUUGGGAAGAUGAGAAAGUUCAAGAACACACUUGAUUCAGCAAAAAUUCUAACCAUCAUUAUUUAUGCCCACCACAAGACAUUGUCUCUAAUGAGGAAAUUCACAAAGAAAAGAGACAUUGUUAGGCCCAGUGUGACCAGAUUUGCUUCCGCUUUUCUCACUUUGCAAAGCUUGUAUGAGAAGAAAGAUCAGCUAAGGAUGAUGUCCCAAAGCGAGGAAUGGGAGAAAAUUAGCUAUGUGAAGAAAAGUGCCAAAGGUGUACAAGCUACAGCCACAUUAGUCAAGCCUAGUUUUUGGAAUGGUGUUUCUCUUUGCUUGAGAGUAUUUGAGCCGUUAGUUAACAUUCUUCGCAUGGUUGAUGGAGAUACUAAACUAUCAAUGCCUUGGGUUCAUGGUGAAAUUCUUAAGGCUAAGGAAGAAAUUAGAAUAGCUAUUGGAAAUGUGGACAAGAAUGAGACUGGUUUGUACAAGAGCAUAAUAGAAAUUGUGGAUGAAAAAAUGAAGAAACGGUUGGACUGUCCUAUUCACAUGGCUGCAUAUUGCUUAAACCCUUAUUAUAGCUGCAGCAAGCCCUCUAUCUUUCACAAUGAGGAUGUCAUAGAUGGGUUUUUUGCUGCUGUUGAAUCAUUCUACCAUGGUGACUAUGACAAGCAAAAUCAAGUGCUUAAUGAAGACUUCCACAAGUUCAAAGAUAAAGCUGGACAUUUUGGUAAAAAUGUAGCUCAGUUGGGCUGCAAGGAUUAUAAUUUCAGUCCAGCUAAGUGGUGGGCAAAUUAUAGAACACAAGUUCCAACACUGCAAAAUUUUGCUAUUAGAAUCCUCUCUUUAACAUCAAGUGCCUCGGGUUGUGAAAGGAAUUGGAGCUGUUUUGAAGGAAUCCAUACAAAGAAAAGGAAUAGGCUCACAUGUGAGAGGGUUCAACAACUUGUCUAUGUUAGAUUCAAUCAUCUUCAUGCAAAGAGGAAAAAUAAAGCUCAAAACAGCAAAAGGGCAGACCCGCUUGUAGCAACCGAAGCAACCUUUGGUCAAGGAUGGAUGGCCCAAGGUGCAGAUGAAGAGGGGUCUGAUGUUGACUCUGUAACAGGUCUCACAUGGAGAUUAAUUGCUGAGACGUGUGGUCCUGAUGAGGUCACAAAACUUCGUAGGAGUGCAAGAUUAGCUAUGGAGAGAGAGAUUGAAGAAGAGCCCUUGUCCGAAACUGAUGGAGAGCCAAUAAAUGAGGAAGAUAUUGACUUUGAGUCGGACCAAGAUGUUGUGAUCACAACUGGUUAUGAGCUAGAGGGGGAGGAAGACAAUGACGGAUGA